AAGAAGAACCAAAAAGCAGUCAUCUUGAAAAGUACGAUUUGUUAGUUGUGAAGUGCGCUCGCGAAAAUUGAUAUUUGAGGGUGUAAUUGUGCUCUGAAACUGCAAAUUAUAGCCGAAAUUUGUGCCCAACAGCGGGCUCUACAAACCGCCCUAGGAAUGGUGCUUUCGAGCAGCAGUGAAACGCUGCAUUUGCCAGUGUUUUAAAACUGCAAAAUAUCAAUCGCCUCCCUUUUUUACUGUUCGUUAUUCGUUCCGUCACAAUCGUCAUCGUCAAAUCAUCAACGCAUUGUCAUCGGGGCGACAGUCAUCAUCGUAGUAAGCAGGAAAACAAGAUCCCGUUUUUUCUUCAAACUGUUGUUUGUGACUACAUUUGGAGUGGUGGCUGAUAUAAACCAUUUGAACCGGAAGUAGUGCCACAAGAAAGCGAGCCGCAGAAGAAGAGCGCCGAGGGCCGAACUAGAAAGGCUUCCUCGCUCUUUUUUACGGCCCAGGUUCGCAGCAAAAGUUACAAAGAUAGAUACCGUGUGGGGUUGGGCCUCUGCCCCGCUGCGCCUAGCGGCUAACAGAAUGGGCGACGUAAUCAUAUCGGAUCGCCCUCCUUCUCCGGCGAGAUUAUCGCACACCUCGGAGAAGCAUCCCCGUGUCACACUAACUGAGCUAAAUGUUCUUCGUCGACACCGGGAACUCUGCGAUGUGGUCAUCAAUGUUAGUGGUCGUAAAAUUUUCGCCCACCGAGUGAUCCUGUCGGCCUGCAGCCCUUACUUCCGGGCAAUGUUCACCGGCGAGUUAGAGGAGUCCCGUCAAACCGAGGUCACCAUCCGGGAUAUCGAUGAGAACGCAAUGGAACUGCUGAUUGAUUUUUGCUACACCUCGCAUAUCGUGGUGGAAGAAUCGAACGUACAAACGCUCCUUCCGGCGGCGUGUUUGCUACAGCUAGCCGAGAUACAGGAUAUUUGCUGUGAGUUUUUGAAGCGGCAGUUGGAUCCGACCAAUUGCCUGGGAAUUCGAGCGUUCGCCGAUACGCACUCGUGUCGGGAAUUGCUUCGCAUUGCGGACAAGUUUACCCAGCAUAACUUCCAGGAGGUAAUGGAGAGCGAGGAGUUUUUGCUGCUACCCGUCGGCCAACUUGUGGACAUUAUCUGUAGCGAUGAGUUGAACGUCCGUUCGGAGGAACAAGUCUUCAAUGCGGUUAUGGCGUGGUUGAAAUAUAACGUUGCCGAACGUCGCCAGCAUCUGGCCCAGGUGCUGCAACACGUGCGAAUGCCUUUAUUGAGUCCCAAAUUUUUGGUUGGAACGGUUGGGUCCGAUUUGUUGGUACGCUCCGAUGAAGCAUGUCGAGAUUUGGUGGAUGAGGCGAAAAAUUAUCUAUUGCUUCCACAAGAAAGGCCGCUGAUGCAAGGUCCACGAACGCGCCCCAGGAAACCCACCCGACGAGGAGAGGUUCUCUUCGCUGUGGGUGGAUGGUGCUCGGGAGAUGCUAUAGCUUCGGUCGAGAGAUUCGAUCCGGAAACUGCCGACUGGAAGAUGGUUGCUCCGAUGAGCAAGCGGCGAUGUGGUGUGGGGGUAGCGGUAUUAAAUGAUCUUCUGUAUGCCGUCGGAGGUCACGAUGGGCAGAGUUAUUUGAACAGUAUCGAACGGUACGAUCCACAAACUAACCAAUGGAGCUGUGAUGUUGCUCCGACGACCAGUUGCAGAACCAGUGUCGGGGUGGCCGUGCUUGAUGGGUUUCUGUACGCGGUCGGCGGCCAGGAUGGUGUCCAGUGUUUGAAUCACGUCGAGCGUUACGACCCGAAGGAGAACAAGUGGUCGAAGGUGGCUCCGAUGACGACGCGCCGUUUGGGAGUGGCCGUUGCGGUACUAGGAGGGUACCUGUAUGCCAUCGGUGGUUCCGAUGGGCAGUGCCCACUAAAUACCGUGGAAAGAUACGACCCUCGGCAGAACAAGUGGUGUGCUGUUAGUCCAAUGUCGACACGGCGAAAGCAUUUGGGUUGCGCGGUGUUCAACAAUUUCAUCUACGCUGUCGGUGGACGCGACGACUGUAUGGAACUGUCGUCCGCAGAGCGGUACAAUCCGCACACGAACUCGUGGAGCCCGAUCGUGGCCAUGACUUCCAGGAGGAGUGGGGUUGGUCUGGCCGUGGUCAACGGGCAGCUGUAUGCGGUGGGUGGUUUCGACGGCACUGCCUAUUUGAAAACGAUCGAAGUGUACGAUCCGGAGACGAACCAGUGGCGGCUGUGUGGCUGUAUGAACUAUCGACGACUGGGUGGUGGCGUGGGCGUCAUGCGAGCACCUCAGACCGAAAACUACAUGUGGAUACGAAAAGAUUCUGUUGUUUAACAUUCAUACACACUCGACUAAAUUGCAAAAUAAUAGUACGCAAAAUCGAUCACACACAUGGGCUUGGUGGGACCGAAAGCGUUUUAUGAUUAGUUGGAAUCGAACUUUUUCACUAGUGACUGAAACGAACAAAUCAGAGUGUGUGGUGGCAUCGCCAGAUAUAGAAAUGAUUACCCACAUCAGUGCAGGGAAAGCGAACAAAAAGAACGGAGGAUCAACACAAAGAAGUCACACAUAUUGCGCACGUAUUGUGGAUCCUGAAUUCCUUCCUUUAUUUUAAAUUUUAGGCAAAAAAAAUUCAGAUAACAAAAACGAUGAGUCGAAAGGGUGAAGGAAUUCGGGUUCGUUAAUAGAACAUAUAUCAUCAUCACAAUCUACACUAAUCUCGCUAACGAUAAGAUGCACAUGCACAUGUUGAUGUUGAAACCAAACGAACGAACAAAGAAGGCGAAGUACACUAGUUUAACUGAACUGAGUUUAGCCCCCCACCGUCAGUCAUCCGCAUUAGGAUUGUUUUAUAUCCUAAAUUAUCAUACCAUAUCCACAUUGUGCUGAAAUGUGCUAUUUUUCAGUUUAUUAUCUCGGUGUCUCAUCUCUUACUAAAUGUUUUCAUCUCAUUGUUCUGUUCGAUUUCAUCCCGCUUUCUACCGCAAGAUUAUGAUUAUUUUGUGUUUCGUCGUCGUAUUUAUGUUUUCAAAAGCCAAAAAAGUUCAAUUAUCAACCAAUCAACCCCCCUUCACACGAAUUGAACGAGAUAUUCCAGAAGAUCGAAUUUGAAAUUUUCAUAAUGAAUUCUUUAUGUGAUUAAUGUUAGGGAGCGAAAGUUGAAAUUCAAAACGAACUAAAAGAAACUAGUUUUUAAGAGGAAGUAAUCGUUUUAGUACACGGUAGCUUCAAGCGGGUGAAUAAAAUGCAGCUUAUAUCGUGAAUGGAAUUAUAGUUUCUCAAGACAAAAUAAAAAACGAAGCGCUUGCAAUGUAUGUUUUGAGCUCUACAAACGCUUGAAUAAGAUUCAGUUUGAAUCAACACAUUUUUUUUCUCGAGCUGAUUAGAAAUGACUAGAGUGGUGCGGUUACACGCGUAUAUUGAGAUGAAACCAAAAUUUUAACGCUUAUACAAUUUUAGCUGAAGCCUUGCUGCUGCGCACCGCUGUUCAUGAACAGCGGAGUCAAACGAGAUAGUGCAAGAGAUGUAGCUUAAUCUAACCUGUGACAUGGUUUCUACGAAAUAUAAACCGCGAACCAAGUGUAGCGAAUUGAAGGAACAAUAUGUAUAGCCUGGGAACGCUUGAACUCUAUUAUUACUGAAUAUUAUGUUUAAUUUUUAUAAUUUUUUACACUUUAUGACCUGAAGAAUGAUUAUUAACUAAAUUAUUAUUAAAAAAUAAAACUGUUGAAAUAAAAAGAGCUGUAGAUAAUAAGAAAUUUAA